CUUCUCGGUCAGCCCAUAAGGUACGCAUCUCCUUUUGGUUCAAUCCUUGUUGAGUGCAAAGAUUUCUAUGAGCAGUCGAGGGGCCUUUGCUCAGUGCCAUUCAAUUCUUUCUGGUUACAUAGUUUGGGGAAAAGAUUCAAAGUCCUGAGCCCAGGUAACAAUAGAUAACACAAACAUUUUAAGCUACUUUUCAGUACUGCAGAUUAGAACGCUAUCUCAUGAGAAACUCAUUGCCAAAGAUUGGUAAAAGGUGUGCAGAACGUGUCGCAGACAAUACCGCGCAGUGGAGAUACGACCAGUAGCGAUCACCUAUAAGACAGAGUCUCAGCGAGUGUAGAGACACAGGAGCUGUAUCAUUAGCUGUACCUAUAAGACAGAGUCUAUGGUACAAGUCAUAAGUAAGGUC